AUGACUGCUCCUAUUCUGUUCUUCUUUAUUCGUCAUAGCGCCGUGUUAUCACUUUCAUUUUCCAUCACAUCAGGGAUUGGCGACGAGACAAACAAAUAUUCACUGAGUGUGGGCCAUGUCGCCGAGAAAUCUUGCGCACAAUUUGAUACAAAGAGGCUGAUUAUGUCGUCGCUGCCUGUCACACGCAAGUAUCCUUUAACACAUACACAUACUCCCAUGAAUCAUUUGUCCUCACCAUCUGCUCCGUCAGCCACGGCCAUGGACUACAUCAUAGAUCCUGAGGGAGAUAUGCUCCUGAUCGUGGAGGAGUGCUCGGGAAAUCUCCAUCUGGAUUUGGUUCAAAAAGGUAACAGUGGUCAGCCUGUCGCCAUUGCCAAAACGGUGAUGCUCAAGAUUCGUGUCUCCUCGAAACAUUUGACUCUUGCAUCUUCAUACUUUCGCCAGAGGCUAGUCCCAGAGACCGACGAUCACAGGCCAGUCGAAAAAGACGUUGUCCCGGCAUGUGUUGAAGAUGUCGAUGCCUUGCUCAUAAUGCUGGACAUCAUUCAUGGUCAAACUAGGAAAGUACCGCGUUCAAUUACCUUCAAGAAGUUGUUCAUGAUUGCGGUGCUCGUGGAGCACUAUGAAUGUGUAGAAGCAAUGGAAGCAUUUGCCGAAGUGUGGGCCGAGAAACUCAAGGGGGAGAUUCCUGUAGUGUAUUCAGAGGACUUGGUUAAGUGGAUCGGUAUCGCUUGGAUCUUCCGACUUGAGAGUCUGUUCCAAAAGACUACUCGUACUGCCAUCCGAAGAUGCACCGGGCCAAUCUCCGCCAUGGACGUUCCAAUCCCGCUUGCGUUAAUCGGCGAAUCAACUGGGAGCUAA